UUCAGAACCCCCCUCUCCUCCCUCUAUGGACAUGGAGACGUCCAGGCCCCGGCGGCAUAGCGUGGGUACGGGACAAAGAGGUGCGAUAUCUCGCCAGCAUGUGGAUGACGCUCUGCCGGGAGUGGGUGCUUCAAGCGAACCUCGGAGAAAAGCGGGCUCGACGAUACGACCCCCUGAAGACCGAAAGCUCUCCGCAGGUGGCGCUGCUACAGCUGGGCGGCCUCGCGCCGAACCGUCCGUACCAUCGUCCUCCAGCAGCAAGCGACGGCGGUCAGCUAGCGGGCGCCGAGGGCGGAAAAGUAGCGCCGACUUCAGCUUCUCCCCCUACCAACCGAUGGUUAUCGAGACGACUUCUUCCAGCGUGAGCCCUCGGCCGAGGCGAGCGAGCGCGCCGGUCCCGCCGACCUCCCUCCUGCCGUUCAAGCCGUUGAUGGCCGGCGAGAAACGGCAACAACGUGAACCGGGAGCAGACGGGGGGCCGACUCUCGAUCAGUGCCUUGUCCUCCCCUCUGGGGUAGCGCUGAAGAUCGACGGGCUGCUCUCGACGUCUGGCGCGGAGAGAGAAUGUGGCGUCAGCAUCGGUAACGGUGACGGUGCAGGUGGCGCAGACGUCGACAGGGGUGGUGGUGACGACGAUAUGGGGAACGGUUCGAGCAACAGCUUGGAAAAAGACGGAGCGGGGGUCGCUUGCCCGCUUCCAGGAGCAGAAAGAGAUGAUGACGAUGGCGGAGAUCGGGCCAUCAUUUCGAGUUUUCAUUUCAAUACCUCUGGCUCACAGGCUGUAUUCGGGGUCGAGGCAGGGGAAUGCUUGGAGCAGGAGGAGCAGGCUGCAGCGGGUUGUGACAAGUCCGCCACGGUUGAGACCCCAGAUGCCCCAGAAACUACACCAGGCAACUCAAAGGGACCACCCGUCGGCUCUCGCGCCCAAGAAGGAGUUCCACAAUGUAUUUCCGACGAUAGCAACGAUGCCAGUAACAGCGCUAACGGCAGCACCAACUGCCAUGAGACCUACGACAGUCACCACGCAGUCGAUCGAAGCGAACCGCAAAGGCACGAGCGGCCGGGUGGACAGCCCUCGUCUCCCAAAACAGGAGACGUUUGCGGAUCCUCGAUGGUUUGCGACGGGGAGGAAACGACAGCUAUUGCUGCUGCUGCUACCAGCGGCAACGACGGCAUCCACAGCUCCAACAACGUCGACAGCUGCGAAAUUCACCACAGGGUCGAAGGAGACGAGCCGCUGACGCAAUCGUCGUCGGGUGGACAGCCCUCAUCUCCCGAAACAGCGGCAGUUUGUGCAUCCUCGAUGGUUGUUGACGAAGGGGAGCCGGCUGCCGCUACUGUCGCUAGUGGCAACGAUGGCACCAACGAUAGCACAAACAGCGAUGAAAGUUACGACGGUCGCCGGAGUACACAAAAUGACACAGCGCAAAGGCCAGAGCUACCGGGUGGACUGCCCUCAUCUCCCGAAACAGAAGUUUGUGUAAGCUCGACGGUUGGUAACGAAGAGGAAUCGGCCGCCGCCGUCGCUGCUGACACUGCCCCUGCGGCCAUUGACGAUGCUCUCACUGUCUUCGUUGGCUCCGAAACGCGAGGCACAUUGGUGGACAUUGUUGCCUUCUCAGAGAGCCCAAGCGUGUGCGACGCCGCCGCCGGUAGCAGCACUAUCGUUGACCAGGGCGGUCAAGACAGGACGGUGAAGAACAUGGACACGAAUAAUGCGUGCAUCUCUGGGGUGGCGCCUUGUGCGCGGGGCGAGAUCGGUGCUGAAACCAGCGGGAAGAUGCAAGCGGAGGCGGAAGGGGGCGGGGAUCCUCGGGCAACCUCCGGGGCAGGGGAAGAACCAAAUCUCCCGGGUAUCGUUCAUAAACAGGAGAGGUUGGGCAGUCUGUCCGAAACCACGCGAGCAACCGCGAUCACUCCUGGGUCGACUUCGGAGGACGAGGCCAAACAUGAGAGCGGCACUGAGCCCGCCUUUCACCCGGUCGACGCAGCAGGCGCGGAUUGCGAGACAUUCGCGGUUGGCGUCGGAUCAGAGGCUGAGGCAUCUCCGGAAGAAGCCCGCCAAGAAGAAGUGCCGUUACCUCAACUGGCGGACAUCCAAGGUUUUAACCGCGACGAUGGUUCGCCCGGGCGAGCGGCUGUCGGUAUCGACUCGGCUGGUAGGAGCCCGGUCAAGGCCGAAACGGGUGAGGUAUCCACUGUCUUGACGACGGGGGAGACCUCUGCUGUUGGGGGAGUGAAUGCCGGGGCAAGCGGCAGGGAAGGUGUCGCGGCAGUGGAUGUAAACGAGAGGGGUUCGCACGUCUGGGAGAGGAUCAUUGUAGCACCUAGUGGCACCUGUGGUGAAACUUCUGCGCGAGAGGGUGCGGGGGGUCAAGGGGGGGAUGAAGCCGCACGCAAUGUGAGGGGGUCGGAGGUGGAGGUGGCCCUCGUAGAUGGAAACGACGGUGCUCUUCCGAAUGCUAGAGGAGAAGACAAGGGUGAGAGUGGCCAAGAGGAUACGAGCGAAGCUCGUGCCGGCGCCGGCACCGGUAAUUGUGCUACAUUCGCUGUGGAGGCGAGGGAAGGAUUCACCGGUGUGCGGGCCAGCGACGAACAGGUUCUGGAGGCAGCGACAUCGGUGGUAUACGAAGGGGCCAGGGGCGUUGUGGAGAAGGCGAUGGCGGAAGAGGGCGCGGAACACGACGUUGGGCUUGAAAGUGUUAUUCGUGCGGAAAACCAGGAACUUGAGACAGAGGAGAAGCAGGGGGGCGGGCAGAACGGAGAGGGUGACGUUGCGGAACAUUUGACGGUCGAUGAGGAGCACCUCGCUGCGGGAACUCGUAUCGAUGACGUCAAGUCCGCAGUUUCUCCUGACCUACCAAGUGACCGAGAGGGCGAUGUGGAAAUGGGUGAAGAGGAGGAAUCGAAGGAGGAAUCGAAGGAGGAGGAGGAGGUGGACGAGACGGAACGUAGUGACGAGGGAACCAGGGGCGAGGAGGUCGAGCACGGCAACAGCAUCGUUGACAACGAAGCCCUUGUGGAGGAGGCUCCGGCCGCUUUGUCUUCUUCUGCACCCGAUGGAAUGGCUGCACCUAAUGAAAUGGCGAACAACGCCUAUGUUGAGCCGGCGGCUGAUGUCAGCGAUGGGUUCAUCUCCAGCUUCACACAAGAACGGCUGGACAACAACACGGCGACGCUUGACGUGGCGCCCGCGGAACCAGACGGCGCCACCCCUCCCAUCGAUUGGGAUAUCUUGGCCAAGAAGCAGGCGGAGGAGGUCGAGGUGCCUCUGGACUGGGAAGCUUUGGCGCGGGAAGUCGAAGCUGAGUGGGUGUUGGAGGGCAGCGGAGACGAGAGCGAGCUUUCGUUUACGGCAAACUCGCCACCGGCCAACGCCCCGGCCUCCCCAGCCAAGGCCGCUGAAGCGUUUGUUCAAAACUCCGGGGAUGAACCUGCGCUUGCAACGGCGGAGGAACGACCGCCGAGUCUCGCCUCUGUCGGUCUUAUGGACUCAGGGUCGGCACACGGCAGUAGUGAACCUGAGCGGCAGCAGGAGGUGGAGGUGGAGGGAGAGCCGGAGAGGCGGGCGGGCGGCGAUGAGGGUAAGCCGCCGGAAUCCGCGCCACCGACGGCUACUCCGCCCCAUCCCCGGCGACAUGUCGACGAUGGCGCCUCCGGUGGCAGCAGCGGCGUGGCAGUUACGCCCCCCUCUGUCGCGAAUUUACGGCAAGACACAAAGGAGGCAAACGACGACUCCGACUGUGGCUCCCUGCGAUCACUCACGGAUGGACCGGUCAGCAGCAUCGCCGGGCUGCCGGCCGCGGAGGCCACAAGUUCGACCCCGGCCCUUGCUGGCCAACCCGUUGUCCAGGACAGCGAGGGCGUUUCACCGACCCAUGCUAUCAUCGGCGCCGCGCAGACCUCUGUUUCCGCUUCCCCGGCCCGAUCCCAGCAGGCGCGACGAGCGACGAGUUCGACCGCUCCUGAGGAGGACGCCGGCGCUUGCUCUCCCGCGAAAGCGAACCCGCCCCCUUCCCCGAGCAAUGCGCCCAGCCAGCCCGAGGCUGAGGCCGCCGCGGAAAUCAGCGGCGACGUCAACGGUGUCCCAGUCUGUGAGAAUAGCGGCCACCAGGACGCACAGGCCGCCGACCCUGUUGUACGUAUACCCCCUGUCGGGGACGGCCGCGACGGGGGAGCGGGACCGCCGGAGGCGGAACGGACCGGGUCGGGCGACGUCGGCGUUACAUGUGCGCAGGGCUCGUGCGGGUGCGUGUUGAUGUGAGGGCGCGCGUACGUGAGGAUGACGACAGAAGUUAGAUGUUGUGGGUGUAGGGGGUGUCGCAUCUUCCGAUAUGAGGUUUCAGCACUUGGACAAAAAGGCUGUCGAUUUGUUGCUGAAAAGAGCACCCGUGAGUAAGAAACGACAGCAAAAACCAUGACGUGCGUGGGCGUGCGGUUUGGUGCUGUGGGUGUGGGUGUGCGUGUUGUUCGCAUGUAUCUUUCGUAGUCCAUCUUUGGUAUUUGUGCGAGUCCUUGUGAUUUUUUUCAGUGGCUGGUUGCUUCACCGGUAAAAGCGUCCGUAUCUGUGCUCCAGGCGCAAGCGUUCGGUAUUGUAUUAUGUUUGUUGGACGCUUACAGAUUUGUUCAUGGUGGAUGCCAAAUACUGGAUUACGCUUGCUGCUUUGCUAAAUAGUAGUCGUGUUGACUGUUUUCGGUAGGUGCCCAUGGCGUGCUUUGUGCAGUCAAGUUUUCUUCGUCUAGAGCGUCUUCCCGGGGACUGUAUAAACGUUUUGUACUCUUAUCGUUAUUUUCCUGUAGCGUGCUCUGGCUGCGCGGGGUCUGCAUAUGUGUAUGGCGGAGUUACUCGUGUUUUGCUGCUCCCUGUUUGCUCCUAUUAUUAUUCGUGUGGUGUGAAUUUGUGGGCGGGCUGUUGCUAAAAAUUACCGGCUGCCUGCCAGGCGCGCUUGAGAGGAAGUGCGUUUCGUGUGUCUACAGAUUUACACGUUUACACUAUUUGCUUGAAUUUUCUAACGGUUCCACUACUUGCAUGGAUUUUCGAACCAUGGUGUUUUUUGUAACAAUCAUGGAUUUAUUGAAGAGUAUUAUGUAUAGCUGCGACUCGCGCCGUUCGUUCGGUGCCUACAGAAUUCACACCUGGGUUGUUUUGACGAUUCUUGUCCAAGACGUUUUUGUUCCACUCGACCUCGUGCACCGUAGGUUUCAGUUGUGACGUUCGUAGCUGUUGUGUUUUAUGGGUGUGUGUGGUUUUGGGGAUGGACGAGGGAGCUAAGACGUGAGCGAGUGGAUGUUUCUACCAUGAGAGUAUUUCGGGGAGCUGUCGUAAGGUAGAUAUAGCCCAUUCGCCCUGCGAAAAGCCGGCGGCAGCGCACUUCUUGUCGUGCUGUUGGUCGAGUUGUUCUGACGUUUUCGUAAGCCCGGGGCUGCUCUUCAGUGGUUGUGUCACGUGCCAUGUUUGACGACACAGGUGUGUGGUGCCCAGCGCUAGAUGGGGUGCAAAGGUGACUAUGAUCAUCUCUAUAUUUGCUGUGAUACACAACCACGCAAGCAAGCACUUGUGCUAUCCAGGUGAAACUUCUCGGGAGGAAAUACUUGAAAGUGUGAGUGCAGCAAAUGGAGGCUCAAGUUUGGUCAAAAGCCCUGUGUUGUGGCUCGUGGUACCCCCCCUCGCAACGCACCUGCCAGCACAUACUGCGGAGAGCACUGCUCAGGCUGUAGGAGGGACGGCCAAAGCAUUAACCUAGCUGGAAGUGCUAUCCCUCAUGCGUACGACACCUACACAUUGAGUGGGUGUCCUUGAGUGAUGAGACAAAAAUACGAGCGUCCAUUCUGUCACGAAAGCUACCCGAACAUUAUCAGCGGGGCAAAACUCCACAUGUGGACCUUUUUUCUCAAGCCCAUCUGGUUCGUGGUAGCGGCAGGUG